UUACGUGUUGUGGUUAGAAUAAGAUUUUAUAUGCAAUUUACAUAAAACAAAAUAGCUGUAAAGCUUGUAUACUCAUAUUUCGAUAUUCAUAUGACACCUAAAAUGUUUACUGUUUCGAUUGAGAUUUUGUAACUUUUUAUAAUUUAUGUAAAAUGUCAAUGUUGGAGAGUUAUCAAAUCGGGAAACAGAACGAGGUAAAUGGGGAGUUCGAAGCAGAAAACGAAGACUCUGUCUCAGACAUGUCAGAUGAGACAGAUGUCAGUGAUUCCUCGUUCUCAAGUAAUUUAUCAAGUGAUGAUGAUGCCUAUAAACCAAAUUGGGUUGAUAAAGUAAAAGAAAAUGGGGAACUAUUUUAUAUAGAACCUGUUGUUAACCAGGUUGCAGAAGAAGAGACUGUUGUGUGUUCUAAAUCCCAAGAUGACUUGCAAAAUGGGGGUGAAGUGGAAGAUAAGACAAAAAUACCUGAAGAAGCAAAAAAUGUUCAAGGAAAAAAGUUUAAAAAGUGGGUUCUGAGGCAGAAAGGAGAAAAGAAAGAAAGCAUCAUUCAAGGAAUUUCAUGUAAUGUAAAUGGAAAUGCAAAAGAAGAAUCUCAGCCGAAAGUGAAGUUCCAGAGUUCUCCAAAUGGACAAAUAAAAGAAGUAUUUCUUGAAGUUGAUCCAAAACGUCACAACUAUGGACGGCGUGCAACACUUUGUGAAGCACUGUUUGGUAUUAUUCCUGGAAGUUUUAAUCUAGAUACAGAAGUAGGAGAAACUUCAAACCAAAAUGAUCUCAGAGUUAUGAUUCAGGGAUUUACACCAGAUGGGGAAGCAGUCCGAAAUGGAAACAUCAAAAUCGGAGAUUGGCUUAAAACUAUUGAUGAAAAAGAAGUGACACAUGAAAAUUUGAAUGAAGUGCUUGAUGAUAUCAAAAGACCCAGUAAGGUUAAGCUUUUAGUUCAACGUUUCGCUGGACAUUCUAGCCCCCAAACGGUAAAGACUGAUCACCACGGGCCUCUCCAGAGUCUCCUAGUUAAGCAAGUUAGUGGUGACAAAGCAACCAUAGAAGAAAUAGGGUCUCUCUAUCAAAACAUGCCUUAUGUCUUGUUGUAUCUUUCUACUGCCAAUACAGAAGAUCAAAAUGACGUAUUAUACCAGUACCCUAGCAACGAGAAUUCUUUAUUAUCUUUGAAAGGCAUGUUCAUUACUCUGAAUCGUGUAGUUGCUGACGUUACAUUAUCUCCACCAAUCAGUUCUUCUAUUGUGGUAAAGGACUCCUUGGUGCACGUUGGCUACGCUCACGAAGGAGGUGACCUUAUGGUCCUUGCUCUGCCUGGAUCUUGUGUCAGUGUACCGGAGAUACAGAACCUCACGACGCAAGUAGAAAGACUUGUUAAGCUCCAGUACCAGACUCUGGGAAAAGCUUUUGGGAAGUCCGAUAAUAAGUCUUCUCUGGACCACUUCUUUCAUCUGAUCUUUCAUCAGUUCUUAUCUCGUGCCAGCGGAAACCUUUUCCACCCUAUUGCACCUUUCAUCCAGUGUCUUCCGGGAGUUCAUAAGCUGGUCACAUCACCAGAGAUUCAGUCUGAAGCCUUAUAUGAUAGUCAGAGACUGUACAGCAUCCUGGGAUCCUGCGUAUUCUAUAAGGGCUAUUUGCUAGGCAACCAUCUUCCCAAAGAGGACCUGAUGGAUAUUUACCUGUUUGUUCUGCACUAUCAGCUGCUAAGCCUUAUAGCUCAAGAACCUGUAGCUCAACUAGUGGUGUGGCGUGAGGUCUUCCCCAGUAGGAGGUUCCACAAUCAACAGGAAGCAGAAACAGAAGAAUUCAGGGAGCCAGAUGGUCGAUGGUUUCUCCUAGUGGUUGCUCUUCGACAUAGCUUACUGGGUGUUCUUCUAGAAGCUGGAGGUUGUGCAGUCAGAGCCGAAGGACACCCAUCACCAGAUCCAUUCUAUGUGAACCAAGCCCGUAACACCGUGUUACAAGUGGAAUCUCUUGGUGUCACAGUUGAAGCUGACCGAUGUGUGGAAUCACCUACAGCUCCACCUUUGGCAUCACCAGAGAAUUUUCUAACCAAGGCUAAGAACCCCAAGAAGGACCAAUCAAAAGAACAGAAUUCAGCAAAUUUUAAAGGAUCACCAAUCAAAAGCCUCUACCAGAAAUCUUUGAGUCAGUCUAAUCUUUACUUCUCUGGAACAAUUUCUCAAGGACAGGGUUCCGGAGAAAAGAAACAACAGGAAAUGACGUCAAUACUCAAGAAGAAACUUAAUCCGGACGGAGAGAGGCAACAACUCAUCUCAUCCUCAAUUCCUUUUGAUGCAGAAUCUGAUGCAGAUACCACAAACUCUCCUGGUGGAGCAAGCGAUGAUACUCCCGUUCUCGGACGACAGGCUGAGAGAGAUCACAAUGGACAGAUGUCAACAAGCUCAGAUGGGGACUCCAGGGCAAGCAGUGAGGGAGGAUUUUAUAGAGGUUUUAAGUGUCAGAGAAUGUUUGCCAGCAAUUUUGACCUCAGCAGUCUUCGACGCAGCCUUGAAGAAGCCAAUGAAGAAGAUACAGAGUUUGCCACACCAAAACUAGUACGAGGCUUGGAAAACACCUUGUUCCACUUUGUUCAUGUUGACGAGUCCGAGGGAGUACUGCUAGCUCCUACUCGGCAUGCUACAAAAUGGUUUCAUGGCCGAGCUCAUGCUGAACUUGUGAAUAAUUUUCAUAAGUGCUGUUUGAACAUCAGAAAGGUGUUUCAGCAUUCUUUAAGAUGCAAGGAAAUGGCCCAAAAAAAAGAGACUUGCAAGUUUGGAAUCGAUAAGUCACUGACUGCCGUUAAAGAGCAUGGAGUACUGUUUCAUUACAGACCACCAGCUAGUGAUAAUUCAAAGAAGGUUCAGCCCACUUUAGCUUACUGGGUUGUGGGGCGACUUUUCUACACCCCUGAGCCAAGGGAAGUCUAUGUUUGUUUCCACGAUUCAGCACCACAAGAUGCAGUGGAGUUGGCCUUCAGGCUUACAUUUGGAAUCCCCUCAUAACCAAUAGUUGUUGCCUAUCAAAGUUCACUCUUUUUAUAAAAAUCAGUUUAAGACUUUUGACAUUGUGUAAGCAGUACUUCAUGUGAUUUCAUUCAUUCCAUCCAUUUUGACAAAUUCUGUAUUGAUUUUAAUAUGUAUAGUCGGAAUGUCAUUGACCAUACCAAAAUUAUCACAGUGUGUGUAAUGUAUUAAGUCUGCUGUCGACUUAUACCACAGACUGAUGAUGUUAUAUUUUUAUACAGCAUGGUUAAGAAAGACAAUAUAAAUUACUUGUAUAUAGUUAAUGAACUCGGCUUUAACAAUGUACACUUUUUAGAGACCUAAACAUUAUUUCACUAAAAAUACUAAAUAAAAAUGUAAAGUCAGCAGUCGUUUAUAAUCUGUGGUCAUUGAGUUCUGAGUAAAGCAGUGUUUGCUUCUGAUCAAAUAUGUCCCUUCUAAAAGGAUCUGAUAGAAACUACUGAAUAAUUAUAAAAUGUUUAGGUUUUUUCAGAUAGAUACAUUAUACAUAAUUUCAUGCAGUAUUGGUAUUAUCAGUCAUUUGUGUAAGUUUAUAUUCUGGAACUAUUUAUUAAGUUUUGUUAGUUUUUAAUUUUGACAUGUAGAUGGAUAGAAAUUGAACAGGAGUAAAGCUAAGGACUUUAUAAAUAAAAUGUUUUUUUCAGAUGUUCAUGAUUCAGUUAGUACAGUUUUUGUACACAUCAAUAUAGAUGUGAAAUCCUUGAAGUACAUAUUUUUUCUGAGCAUUGACAGUUGUGUUUAAUGUUGUAAAAGGCUCAUUGACUAUAAAAGAAAAUUCUGAUUUA